AUGAGUCUGCCAUCUCAAGGAGAGGAUUCUAAAGAAAUCGAAAAGGACGAGGAAUCAAACCGUCUAUUACCAUGGUCAUUCUCAUUACAAUCCCAACCUCUAACCUUACAAAACGAAGAGGAUUCCGAUGAAGUAGCAUUUGAAGCGCGAGAGAAAAUCGUGAUCGUUGAUGUGGAAGGAGCAGACUCAAUCGACGCCGUUGAUUAUGUCCCAUCAUUCUCAUGGAAAAAACUUUGGUUAUUUGCAGGACCUGGAUUCUUAAUGAGCAUAGCGUUUUUGGAUCCAGGGAAUUUAGAAGGGGAUCUUCAGGCAGGGGCGAUUGCAGGGUACUCGUUGUUGUGGCUCUUAAUGUUGACAACAAUCACGGGGUUGUUGAUCCAGAUGUUGUCAGCUCGUGUUGGAGUCACGACAGGGCGGCACUUGGCGGAGUUGUGUAGAGAGGAGUAUUCGAAUUGGGCAAAGUAUAUUUUGUGGUUUAUGGCAGAGGUGACGCUAAUCGGUGCUGAUAUACAGGAGGUUAUUGGGAGUGCUAUUGCUAUUCAGAUUUUGAGUAAUGGGUUUUUGCCUCUUUGGGCUGGAGUUUUAAUUACCACAUUGGAUACUUUCAUGUUUUUAUUUCUAGAGAACUAUGGAGUAAGGAAGUUAGAAUGUCUUUUUGCGGUUCUAAUUGCGACAAUGGCUUUAUCAUUUUCCUGGAUGUUUGGAGAAACUAAGCCAAGUGGAAAAGAACUUUUAAAGGGUGUUUUAAUUCCAAGACUUAGUUCAAAGGCAAUUCGGCAAGCUGUUGGUGUGGUGGGUUGUGUCAUAACGCCACAUAAUGUGUUCUUACAUUCUGCUUUGGUGCAGUCCAGAAAGAUCGAUCCUCAGAAGAAAGGCCGGGUUCAAGAGGCAUUGAAUUACUAUUUAAUUGAGUCCUCAGUCGCUGUUUUUCUCAGUUUUAUGAUUAAUUUGUUCGUGACAACCGUGUUCGCUAAGGGAUUUUACGGUACCAAACAAGCCAGUAGCAUAGGACUAAUUAAUGCAGGGAAGUAUUUCGAGGAGAAAUACGGUGGAGGAGUCUUUCCAAUUCUUUAUAUGUGGGGUAUUGGCUUGUUGGCUGCUGGACAAAGCAGUACAAUAACUGGCACCUAUGCCGGGCAAUUUAUCAUGGGAGGUUUUCUCAACCUCCGUUUGAAGAAAUGGCUGAGGGCGUUGAUAACGCGGAGUUUUGCUAUUGUGCCAACUAUUAUUGUUGCUAUCAUAUUCAACACAUCUGAAGCUUCAUUGGAUAUUUUGAAUGAGUGGCUGAAUGUGAUCCAGUCAAUGCAGAUUCCUUUCGCACUCAUCCCCCUUCUUACUUUGGUAGCCAAGGAGCAGAUCAUGGGGGUCUUUAAAAUCGGGCCUAUUCUUGAGAGGCUGGCGUGGACUGUGGUUGUCCUGGUUAUGCUGAUCAAUGGUUAUCUUUUGAUUGAUUUUUUUGUAUCUGAAGUUAAGGGCUUGCUCCUUGGCUUUCUAAUCGGAAGCGGCAUGGUUGCAUAUGUGGCAUUUAUCAUUUAUCUUGUUUCUCGUUGUGGUACAAGCUCUUCUGGUUGGCUCAGCUUAGAACCUUCCAAUAAGAUUACUUCCAGUGGAAAUUGA